GAUUCUACACUCCCACUGGCCGUAUCUUUAGGGGCGGGGUUUGUAAAGAGCCUUGUGCUUGGGAAUGUUUGUCCGCAUUCUCAAACUGAGUUACCGCUGCUUGAACGUGGGCAUAUCGGUGAUCUGUCGCGGUCCUCAACAAGUUCUUGCUCCGAAGAACGCCAGGCAUUAUCCUGCAGCAGGACUGUAACGGCGCAAUGAUGAACAGGAACGGAAUGGUCACAAUGAUUCGCACGCGGAUAAGGACCGACCCCUUCAAGAACAACUAUGAUCUGGUUGGCAAAGAGCUUGGCAGGGGCAAGUUUGCAGUAGUGAAGAAGUGUGUGGAGAAGACUACUGGCAAGGAGCACGCUGCGAAGUUCCUGCGGAAAAGACGUAAGGGUCAGGACUGCCGUGGCGACAUUCUGAACGAGAUCGCGGUGCUGGAGUCAGCCGAGGCAAAUCCCUAUGUGGUGGCGCUGCACGAGGUCUACGAGACCACCACAGAGAUCAUCCUCGUAUUAGAGUGUGCUGCUGGAGGUGAAAUCUUUAACCAGUGUGUUGCCGAUAAUGACGAGGCCUUUACAGAGAAAGAUGUCAUUCGAUUGGCCAGGCAGAUUCUGAUGGGCGUGGCUUGUCUCCAUCAAAACAACGUAGUUCAUUUGGACCUUAAGCCUCAGAACAUUCUGUUGACGAGUGCUCAGCCGCUGGGUGACAUCCGUAUCGUUGACUUCGGCUUGUCUCGGCGGGUGGACAGUGUGUCAGAGGUACGGGAGAUCCUGGGCACUCCCGAGUAUGUUGCUCCUGAGGUCCUGGACUAUGAGCCCAUCAGCACAGCUACUGACAUGUGGAGCAUUGGGGUGCUGAUUUACGUGAUGCUCACAGGCGAGUCGCCUUUUCUAGGAGAAGGAAAGCAGGAGACCUUCCUGAACGUGUCCCAGGUCAAUGUGGACUACUCACAGGACGUCUUUCAGGGCAUCUCUGACCUCGCCGUGAAUUUCAUCCAGUCCCUGCUCAUCAAAAACCCCAGAAAACGAGCAACAGUGGAACAGUGUCUAAAUCAUCCCUGGUUAAGACUCGACUCUCAUCACCACGCUGUGGAAGCCCCUCUAGAUGAGCAAGAAGCCAGCCAAUCCGAAUCAGAGCCUGAAAGUCCCGUCCCUUCCCCAGAACUUGUCAUCCCUUCAUAUCCCACCUGCCCAGGCCAGGGGGAGCUGAAGACAGGACGGGACACUUUCAGUUUCACAGAACCGUUCCCACCUCGUCCCGAGAUAAAACAAGAGCUCAUCUGUUAAGCAACAGGCUUUAUUGCCCAGUCGGAGGGACCGAAAGACUUAACCUGCCAGACUGGUGUGGCCUAGUUUGGACUGGACAGUGGCGGUCUACUCAGGUGUUUGCAGCACCGUUUGUAUGUGCGUGUCAAGUCUUUGUGUCGUCUUGUGUGGCAUACAGAGCCGUCCUGGUCUGUGAAUGCGAGUUGACCUCCCUUCUGACCGCAGAGGUGUGCGCGUGUGUCUACAACAGAUCUGAAUGAGAUUUUUAAGCCCCUUAAUAAAGCAUUCUUAAGCUCUUGGUCAAGGUUCUUAACUCCUCAAUGCACCGCAAUGGAUUGUUUAUACUUUUAGAGUGGAUUGAACCUUCUCUGCUGCCUGUACUUGGUCCAAAACUCAAGUCGGAGUCUCCCCAGGAAGUGCCUGCUGCAUUGUAGGAAGGAAAUGGAAAGCUCUGAUAAAUCGACUGGUGUUUUUUUUCAUCAUCGGUCUUCAUUGGACCAAUGUAUUAUAAAAUAUUAUGAAGAACUGACGCUGAUUCUUUCUUCAGAAAAGUAGAUUUAUCAUCAUUCUGCUUCUUGAGAAGUGGCACCUGCAUUUUAAUGAACUGAUUCACAAAGACUACUUUUGUUCUAGCACUUUUGGUGGGAAUAAAUUUAUACUCAAAUCUCCCAACAAGCACAUUUAAGUAGUUCAACAUAGCAUGGUCAUGCAUAGCCACUGUUUGUUUGGUUUCUCACACCAUUUCUGUACCACUUUUUUUUUUUCCUGUUCUUUUUCAUAAGUUUGCUGUAAUUGCACAAAUGUCUUGUACCGUUUUUGUUGUCGAGGGGUAUUCUUGCCUUUUUGUAAUAUAUUCUGUAUGUUAUUUUUGUGUCUGGUAAGGCAUCAUGGGUAUUGAGAGGUAAAUUUUCCAAGUCGUCAGUGAUGUGGGGCUUAUGACUGAGGGCCGCUCCGAGUCUUCUGGGAUUUGAGCGUUUCAGACAGUUGUGGGAGAUGUUUGCAUUUUCAGAAGAACAGAGCACAACAAAACAAAAGGCUUUGAUAAUUGUAUAUUUUUUAUUUUAAAAAAAGAAUGUUAAAAAAGUAUUUUUCUACAGUUGUGGUAUUUUAUGAUUAAUAUGAGAAAAUAAAUUGUAAUAUUAAUUUAGAUUAUUUUUUAACCGGUUGUGCUUAUAAAGUUUGCACUUGCGUCCAGUUGGACUACUUAUGUAUUAUUGGCAUGCCUGGCAAAAUAUUGAAGAAAAUAAAUGAUCUUUUUGUAUUAAACU